AUUAGCAGAGCAGAUUCUCUGAGCUGAACAGAACCAGCAUCAAGUUCUGAGGAGUUCUACUGGUUCUACUGGACCCUGAAGCCCGGCAGGAUGAUGCUGAGCGACGACUGGACCGUGAUGAACAACAGCAGCUCAGAGCUGGACGGCAGGAGGCCCCGCAGGUCAAAGAGGUGCUGCACCUUCCUCUUAUGGUUGGUCGCCGUGCUGUUUGCCAUGGCGGCCAUCGUCACGGCAACAGUGACAGUCCUCCAUCUCCACCAGCUGCCUCUGCCCAUCUUCAGCAGGGGCGGGGCCUCCACGCCAGCCAUCUCUGCCGGUUCUUUAGAGUCGGGCGCCCUGGUGACCAUCUCCCGCGUGGCGGACGGCGAGCCGGUCAGCGUCUUCCUGGACCCUUCCUGUCCUGACCUGAGCCAGGACUUCCUGCGGCUGGAGGCGCUGCACAGCUCGCUGCUGCACGCGCUGACCAAUCACAACGCGGACGACCACAGGAACGGGGGGGCCGUCCAGAAACUGGGGGACGACCUGAAGGCGCUCUCAGGCCACGCCCACAACCUGAGGUUGGAGGCCGAUUCGCUGAAGAGGGGCCAAGGUGCUCUGGACCAGCGCAUGGACCGCCUGCAGAGCGAGCAGAGCCGCAUCAUCCAGGUGCUGUCUGACAGCCACUCCGGGAUCCUGAAGCUCGCUGAGAGCUGCAGCGAUUCUCUGCUCGGCCUGAAGAGGGAGACGGAGAGCCUGGGGAGGCUGAAGAGCGAGCUAAGCCGCAACAUCGCCCAGACAGCCGUCCAGCCCAGAGACUGCAGCGACGUCCUAGCGUCCGGCGUCUCCGUGGACGGAGUCUAUUCUGUGUUCCCAACCCAUGACCCUGAGGGUUUCAUGGUCUACUGCGACAUGAGCACCGACGGCGGAGGCUGGACGGUGAUCCAGAGGAGGGAGGACGGCUCCACGAACUUCUUCAGAGGCUGGGGGGCCUACAGGGACGGCUUCGGGACGACCACCGGGGAGCACUGGCUGGGUGGGUCCAGCGUCACCUGGACCAAUCAGAGCACAGAGACGCUGACGGACCAAUCGGAGCGUCUCUGUGCUCUGAUUGGCUGUUAUCGAGGAUGUUUGAGUUGGUGUCCAGCGGGUUAGAUCUCAGAUGUGUGGAUUCAGGAAGGCAGCUUCGGCACUAAUCAAGACCAAACAUCACUAGACUUUUGAUUUAUUUUCAGUUUAUUUUUCUUAACCAACUUUCAAACAACUAAAUGUGGGCGAUUCUUUUCUUGCGGCAACAUUUCAUGUCCCCAUGUUUUGCUUACAAUUAUUUUUUUGUAGAAUGUGCCAAAUAUUUACAACAAAGUAUUUUAAUUAUACAUUUAGAUGUUUGCCAUUAUUCAAAUAUAAAUGAAAUGCCUCUUAAAUAUUAUUUUGUUCUUUACACACCUUUUUGGUGACGGACAUGUUCAAUUCCAUGUCCCCAGUGCAGCGUAAUAGACUUCCUCAUGACAUUUAAACUAUUAUAUAUAUAUGUAUAUAUAUUCUUCUUCAAUAAGUUUUUAAAGAAG